AGAGAUUAAGAGCGACAACAUGAUGUAUCUACGCUUCAUGUAUAACCAAGGAGGCAAAUUGUAUACAGUGAGAAGAACCGGACAAAUGUUAUAUUGGGUACUAAGUGUCCCAAAUGGAUUCAUUCCAUCCGUGCAAAGACCAACCUUAAAAUUCUAAACUUCUUCUCUAAAGACCUUGAAAUUUCGAUCAAUUUUCGAACAUGCUUUGGUUGUAGUGUUUGCAGCCCUGUUGGGUGUUGAACCUUCUUUGUUAAUUUUUCCCCAAAAAGAACUGCCAACUAACCCAAGAGAUGAUAAGAAAUUUAACACAGUAAAAAGAAAACUAAAAAAGGAGGAGAAAAUCAGAAAAAUACUGGUCCGUUUCAGCUGCCGACGCCGGGCCGGAGUUAAUCACUCACCAGUCAUUACAAAUUGUGCAGAAACAGUAUGAUUCUCACCUUUGCGUUUACAUUAGAUUGAUUGGACUUCCAGCAACAAUGUUCUAAUAUUUCACAACAACCGUAAUACGAAGUAGAGUGAAGACUAUAAUGUUAGCAUCGAGGACGUUGUUAUGCAAAGCAAGGUGCCUUCGUGGAGAAGAAUCUUUAAGGAAACUUUUUACACCACCGAGGUUUCAUUGGUCAUAUACUUCAUAUUCUAAUGUUCCUGGACUGAACUCUAAAGCUACUCCUUUGCAGGAGCGGAGAAUGAUUGACCGGUUUAGGUUGCAUGUUAGAGGAGGUGAUGGUGGAAGUGGGAAUGGCAGCUUGCGACGUAGUCGAACUGAUCGGUAUGGCAAGCCUGAUGGUGGAAAUGGUGGGAAAGGCGGUGAUGUGAUUCUACAGUGCACCUCUGCAGUUUGGGACUUCCGUGGUCUGCAACAUCAUACUAAUGGAGGAUGGGGAGGGCAUGGUGCCUCAAAGAAUAAGAUUGGCAGCCGUGGAGAAGAUAAGGUUGUGCAAGUACCUGUUGGUACUGUUAUCCAUUUGGUGGAGGGUGAAAUCCCUUCAACAGUGGAGAAGCUGUCUUCUGUGAUUCACCCUUGGGAUCUUCCAGGUACUGUUACUUCUGAUCUCCUUGCAUCUGAUCAGCUAUCCACUUCUAGUUUGCGGGAUCCGGAUAUAGAUCAGGUGGAGAAUUGUGCUCAAGUUUCAUCUUCUUGUACUAAUGAUACCGCUAAGAGUUCAACUUAUACCAAGUCAUAUUCUGUUGUAUCAUCCAUUCCAACUUGUUCUCCAACUUCGCAUACACGUGGUAAAUCUACAAGUAGCGAGAAUGUACGUCUUUCCCAUUAUGACGAUACACAUGAUUGUGAAAGCACAUCAACUGAUGACAGUGAUCUAGAAAUUGAUAGUGGUAUGCUUGAAGAGGAGUUGCCAGAAGAUGAGGAAGAAAUACAAUACAAUGUUGCGGAAUUGACUGAAGAGGGGCAACAAUUAAUUGUUGCUCAUGGGGGAGAAGGGGGUUUAGGCAGUGUGUCUGCUGGGAAACGUCACUUAAAGAACUUAAAAAGUAAGGAUCACGGUGCUGAUAGGAUUGUUAACCUGGAAAGUUCUGAUGAUGAUAAUCCACUUAACAUAAGAAUUGGUUUGCCUGGGUCACAGGCUACUCUGAUAUUGGAGCUCAAGAGUAUUGCUGAUGUGGGACUUGUGGGAAUGCCUAAUGCCGGCAAAAGCACUCUUUUAGGUGCUAUUUCUAGGGCAAAACCUGCUGUAGGUCAUUAUGCUUUUACAACCUUGAGACCAAAUAUAGGAAAGUUAAACUAUGAUGAACUCUCAAUAUCAGUGGCUGAUAUCCCAGGACUCAUUAAGGGUGCCCAUGAGAAUCGUGGUCUAGGCCAUGCUUUCUUGCGACAUAUAGAAAGGACAAAAAUCCUGGCAUAUGUUGUAGAUCUGGCUGCUGCACUUGAUGGUCGCAAAGGGAUUCCACCAUGGGAGCAGCUCAGAGAUUUGGUCUUAGAGUUGGAGCAUUAUCAAGAAGGCUUAUCAGACCGUCCAUCUAUUGUGGUGGCGAAUAAAACUGACGAGGCAGGGACUGAUUUUGUUUUAGAAGAGCUACAAAAAAGGGUGCGCGGUAUUCCUAUCUACCCAGUUUGUGCGGUUUUGGAGGAGGGUAUACCAGAUCUGAAAGCUGGUUUAAGACUGCUUGUUAAUGGUGGAGAACCUGCCAGUCUAAGACUAGAUAAUAUAUUGUUAGAUUAGGUAUUCCAUAAUUAAGUCAUGAAGGAGAGAGAAAGUAAAGAGGGUGGGGGGAUCUGGGUAGUAGGGUAAGGAAAAAGAACAGCAGAAUAUCUUGGUAUUUCGUUAUUGCUGUUGUCUAGGACAUAGCCUUCAUAUAUUUUAGUACAACUUUCUGGAUUGAGUUGGCUAUAGGGAUGUCCUUUUUUCUAAAAUGGUGAGCUCUCUUUCUUUUCAAAUGUUUAAGAUGGUGCUCAGAUUUCUUGUAUUGUGCCUUUCAAUUGUUCCAGUUAAAAUAAACUUGAAUUUUGCUGCAACGUGAACCCAAUUAUCAUUAUGUAAUUAUGCUGAUAGGGAAUGAUGUUUAGAAGAAGUCUUUCUUCUUAUAUUUGAUGCUUACAUCUACAAAUUUACAAUGUCAA